AUGAGAUCAACCUUGGCAUCACUCGCAACCAGGCGAUUGGCCUGCAGAAGUGGUGCUCUGAAUAGGCACAAUGGCGGCACCUUUGCUGCUUUUCGGAGUCAUUACAGUUACGCCAACCCCGGUAAAUGGCAAUCCGACAGGAAGGACUAUCAUCGCCACGACUUUGAGGAUCGCGGCUACACGGUUGGGAUUGGCGGACCAGUUGGCAGUGGAAAGACUGCACUUGUAUUAGCAUUGACCAAACGAUUGGCCAAAAAGGUCCCUCUAGGUGUGGUCACCAAUGACAUCUUUACGCAGGAAGAUGCCGAAUUUCUGACUCGCAACAAAGCCUUGCCCUCUCAGUUUAUUCGCGCCGUUGAGACGGGUGGGUGUCCUCACGCUGCCAUUCGGGAGGACGUCAGCGCUAAUUUGACUGCGUGUGAAGACCUGACUGAAGUGUUGAAGAAGGAAAAUGCUGCUCAGUCGGCCCUCAUUCUCUGUGAAAGUGGUGGUGAUAACCUUGCUGCCAACUUUUCAAGGGAACUUGCCGAUUUGACCUUGUAUGUCAUUGAUGUUGCAGGAGGAGACAAGAUUCCUCGCAAGGGUGGACCUGGUAUCACACAGUCGGAUGUAUUGAUUAUUAACAAGAUUGACUUGGCGGAAGCAGUGGGCGCUGAUUUGGAAGUCAUGAAAACAGAUGCCGAUGUCAUGCGAUCCAAUGAUUCAGGGUCGGGUCCUACCAUUUUUGCUUCGGUCCGCAACGAUAUUUCAGUAGAGGACAUUGAGAAUUUCAUCAUGGAAAAUUACGCUGCUGCCACUAAGGGUAAUGCUGGAAAUCAAUAG